AUGUGCCAGGAGCGCACGGAGACUUGGGAUGAGGAUUUGAAAAAGUUGCGGGAAGUCAUGGAAAAGGCCAGAUCCCCUUGUGGUAUGCUGGUGACCAAGAUGAAGGAGAUUGAAGAUGGAACCUUUGUGGCCAUCAACCGCGACAAGAGGAUGAAAUAUUUGGUGGAGAAGUUCAAGCUCGACAAGACGGCCGAAACCAGCAUCUCCGAUAUCCUUGCACGAUGUUCGAAGGAAAAGCAGGAAGAGUAUUACUAUGACUUGGAGAGACACUUUGAAUGCUCUGGCAAGCCGUCUGCCACUGCCAUGAUGAAGCUAGACUUGCACUGUGGAUCCUGUGGGCCUAUGCAGCAUUUUUUGAAGGGGCCUUCGAAACCCUGGGAUUUGUUCCUCAACAAGACGGGUAUAGUAAUGCGUGGGGUAAAUUGUAUAGCAACAUGUGCCAAAACUAUCCAACACUGA